CAUCGAGUGAGCCUUGGGAGUUGGACGAUAGAGAGCGUCAUUACUCCCUUUCAUUCGGUCCCUCUCAUUCUCCGCAAUCAUGAGACCCAUCUUGUUGCAGGGACAUGAACGUUCCUUGACGCAGAUCAAAUUCUCGCAUGAUGGCGAUCUGAUUUUUUCGACGGCAAAGGAUCAGGUUGCCUGUGUCUGGUUCUAUGCCAACGGCGAGAGAUUAGGUACCUACCACGGCCACCAGGGUGCGCUCUGGACUGUCGACGUUGAUGCUACGACAACCCUCCUCGCCACCGGCGCUGCCGACAAUACAGCAAGACUUUGGGACGUCAAGUCUGGAAAGUGUCUGAAGACGUGGGAGUUCCCGACCGCCGUCAAGCGGGUGGAGUUUUCGGACGAUGGCACGCAGCUUUUGGCCGUAACGGAGAAGCGUAUGGGUUACCUCGGAACAAUCGCCGUUUUCGAUAUCAAGGUCGACGUUGAGGCCGAGCAAUCCGACACCCCCAGAAUGACCAUUACAUGCGAGGAGAGCAAGGCAACCGUUGCUGGCUGGAGUUACCUUGGAAAGUACAUUAUUGCUGGUCAUGAGGACGGUUCUAUUUCGCAAUACGACAGCAAGACCGGCGAGCAACUGCUCAACGUUCUCGUUCAUGAGAGCGACAUGCAGGUCAAUGACCUCCAAUGGGCACCUGACCGGACCUAUUUCAUCUCCGCAUCCAAGGACAAGACCGCUAAGCUCAUUUCUGCUCGCGACCUCCAGAUCCUUAAGACCUACCCUACCGAUACUCCCCUCAACUCUGCCUGCAUCACUCCCAAGAAGGAUUUCGUUAUCCUUGGUGGUGGUCAAGCCGCCAUGGACGUCACUACCACGUCUUCUCGUCAGGGUAAAUUCGAAGCCCGUUUCUACCACAAAGUCUUUGAGGAUGAGAUUGGCAGAGUACGAGGUCACUUCGGACCUUUGAACACCGUUGCAGUGCACCCCAAGGGACAAGGAUACGCGUCUGGUGGAGAGGACGGUUAUGUGCGCGUGCAUCACUUCGACAAGCCCUACUUCGACUUUAUGUACGAGGUUGAGAGAGAGCAUGCUCGGAGGUGAAGGGGCUUGGUCAUUGUCUACUCGGCGUUUAGGGUCUGUCAUGACAGUAGAUCAUCUACAUUUUUCUCCAAGAGGGAUCUCCGUCGAUGAAAGAAAAGAAAUUUCUUUUUCUGUAAAAAGGACUUGUCAUGGAGCGCACAUGCCUCAAUUUAAUGUUUCUGAAUGAAUAUGUUCUACCGUCAUGUUUUGCCGACUACAUUGAGUGUGUCUAAUGCCAAGAUGCCGCGUGCGCCGUGCCAAAUAACCACCCAGUAAACCCGAGAAAAUCCUACCCACACUGUGCCAUACUCCCCACCGCAGAACCUAGUCAGAUGCCAGCCU